ACACUUUUUCUCGUCUGCUGUUUGCAGUUACCACACCGCUGCAUCACCAAAUUUGGUUUCGCUGACUUUGGUUUUUUUGCGGUAUUGGUAUACAUUUACAUGCAUUCUACCGGUUUUGAAAUAUUUCCUUGCAGUCGCCGCUUUGCGGCCUGUUAAUUCGUAGUCUGAAUACGGAAGCACAAGUCCAAAUAUACUUUCUGAUUUGAAUAUUUCAAAGCACUCUCAUUGCGAUUCGGUUUUUACUCAAUGAUACAUUUUAUGGAUGGCACAUAUCGUUACCACAGUAUCUGUGUGUAACCGCAUUUGACGUAAAUUUUUCAAGAGUCUGUUCCGCAUUCGCAUUAUUUUGAGUACAUUGUAUGUCGGCUUCGGUAAUCAACAGUUGGUUCACCGAUUAUAGAUUCCACUGCUUCCAGUGCAAGAUGGAAAGGAAAUGUUUACUCCAAAUUAUGUGUCUCUGUGAUUGAUUGUAAUUGACGCCGCACAAUUGAUUUUAACCAAUACCAUUUUUGAGUUAUUUUGAACUUCCUAAUUAAUGUCGAACGCCACAAUCCACAUGCAACCGGGCAGAUUAAGCGAAUCAUAUUGAACGUUUUAUUGUUAUUCAGCCUGCAAAAAACAUUGCAUUAUAGUUUUGCUGGCGUGACCGGCGCUCACGAAAACUUCUGGAAGCACAGCUCAUUGAGUCUGUGAACAAAUCCUUUUUGAUUUCACUUCAGGCAGAAUGUGUGAGAACGGUUUUGCCCGUUUUCCCAAGAGGAAUGUGGCUUAUCUAAGGUCAUGCGGGAUCCUUGCUGUAACGGAUUAUGUGAUGAUGCGAACAGUUUAUGGAAAGAGCGAAACGGGUUAGCUGGAUUUUUGACCAAUUUCACCAGGGCAAUACUGGGAGCAGCAAAUAGCCCCGCCGAUCGUGCUCCAGGCAAAUCUGAACCGCAUUCCCACAUCCGCCGAAACAGCACGUUGUUGAGCCACUACCCCGUUCGCCAUAUUGCCGAUAUGGCCACCAAUCCCCGUAUGCGCUUUCGAAAUGCACAUGAAAAUGGGAUCUUAUCCGAUUGGGAUUCCAGUGCGGAAUUGGGCAGUGAUUAUGGUGAGCAGGCGUCUCCCGGCAGCUACGAAGCCAUUGUUAUUGGCAUUACGCUGCUCAUAUUAUGUUUACUUGUUAUCGGCAUAAUAUUUGUCAUGGCAUUGUACCGGCUGCGGCGAAUCCGCUUAAUCAGCGCUAUUAGAGGAUCCAGCUCUCAACCGGACACCAACGCGCAUAUCGCCGUAUCGACAGCACCGCUGCCGACUAUAUCGCAGAUAAUUCAGGAUCCACCACCACCUUACGAAAUGUGGAAACCGGUUUGUGCGGAACCACCACCAAGCUAUGAGCAGCAUAUUCAGCUACAGACUAUAACUCCGACGCAGUCGGUAUCCGCGCCAGGGGAAUCUCCCAGCGUGACAGUGACAAUCAGUGCUGAUAGUCAGACAAACAGCGGUAGUACCGCAACUUCCGCCUCUACUCAAAAUGACCUCCGGUCAGUGUCGGCAUAUAACGAAACAAAUAGCGCUUAAAGUUAAGUACGAGUACAGAUUCUACAGAACGAUUACAGUACGACUGCAACAACGCUUUCCUUCGAAUUUUUUCCUUUCUGGUAUUGAUCUGCCUUCUAUGCUGUUCACCUUGUUUUAUUCCUGCCGCUGGAAAAUGUUGUGGUUUGUUGAACAGUUUUGAGAAUCUAAUCGUGGCAGUUUUGAGUUUUGUUUUGUUUCUACUUGACCAUUUCUACGGUACAAUAUAAAAUCCGAUAUUUACCACAAU